GUCUUCACUACUGCUAUUCCGAGCAGCCCACUCUUACUGGCCCCACGACGACUGUCUGACUACCUUCGGAGCACCGUCAGCGUCUGUCCCGUGUUCGUAUACAUUAUACUCCCCGACCCGUCGAUUAUCUGAGCCAUGUCUGGCAGCGGGGCGAGAGAGGCAGUCUUCGCGACGCGGCAAUCGCUGGGGUUGAUGAAGAGCAAGCUGAAGGGCGCCCAGACAGGUCACGACCUGCUGAAGCGAAAGAGCGAGGCAUUGACAAAACGCUUCCGAGAGAUAACGCGCCGCAUCGAUGAAGCGAAGCGCAAGAUGGGCAGGGUCAUGCAAGUCGCAGCCUUCUCCCUCGCCGAAGUAACCUACGCCGUCGGCGGCGACAUUGGCUACCAGAUCCAAGAAUCCGCAAAACAAGCACGGUUCCGCGUACGCACCAAGCAAGAAAACGUCUCCGGUGUCUUUCUCCCACAGUUCGAGAGCUUCACGGCAGAGAACAACAACGAUUUCGCCCUGACGGGCCUGGGCAAGGGCGGGCAACAAGUGCAGAGGUGUAGAGAGACGUAUGCAAGAGCCGUCGAGACAUUAGUCGAACUGGCUAGUCUGCAAACUGCCUUUGUAAUAUUGGACGAGGUUAUCAAGGUAGUCAAUCGCCGUGUCAACGCCAUCGAGCAUGUCAUCAUUCCUCGAACCGAAAACACAAUCAAGUACAUCAACUCUGAGUUAGACGAGCUAGACCGAGAGGAGUUCUACCGCUUGAAGAAGGUGUCCAACAAAAAGCAAAAGGAUGCCGCUGUCGAGGAAGCAGCCAGGCAGGAGAGGAAAAAGGCUGAAGAGAAUGCAAAUGCACAGAGUCCAGAUGUGGAGAGUGCCGCACAGGACGCCAAGGAGACCAAGGACCUGUUCGGAGACGAAGAUAACGAGGAUGUCAUCUUCUGAGCACUUCGGAGCCGGUCAGAAUGGGCCAUUGUUCGAUCCGAAGUUGCGAGGGUGGAACGCUCUGCCCCUCCUAGCGUCGGCAGCCAAACGCUCGAAAUACUUGAAGUCUUCGGCUGACCUGUAAGCGACUUCUGCAUGAAUCGGCCAGGAAUUGGGGACUGCGACAAGGG